CCUGAUAUUACAAAAACGUCCUCUGAAAACCUUCAGUCUCAGUGGUAUGAAGUUGUUUACUUUAUGCAUUACUUCUUUGACAUGUGGUUUACCUUUUGGCCCUUGGAUUCCAGGUCCUCCAGGAAAUGUAACACUGCCUCUUUCUCCUUUCUCUCCUUUGGGACCUGGCUGUCCAGGGUUGCCUGGCACCCCGACACUGCCUGUAUGAAAGAUGAUUCAAUCCUCGACUCUUUAUGAUAUUGGAUAAGUUAUCUACUCAGCCAUAUAUGUAUUUCAACCAGUCAUACAGCCAUGCUUACCUGGAUUCCCAUCUAUGCCAGGUUGACCUUUAAACCCAGGAGGUCCAGGCAGUCCUUUAACAUGUACGUGGCUUGAUUCCCCUUUCUGGCCUGCCAGUGAGUAAAGGAGAAAAAGCGGUGACACUGAUAUCUUUCUGUUUGUCCACAAGUCUGUUUUUGUAAGAGUUGCACUGCAAAAAGGUGGUCUAAAAACAAGAUAAAAACACUAAAUCUGAGGGAGAAGGUACUAAAACAAGGGGAAUUAUCUGUCCAUGUAGCAAGAUAAUUUCACUUGACAAGAUUUCUUGAAUGAAGAUUGUUAAAUUUAGAAAUAAGCCCGUCAACAAAUGUAUUUGGGAGGUUCAAAGUUAGCCAAAAAUGCUGGUUUUAAGAUUAUAUUACUUAAAAUGUAACUUUUCCAGCCCCCAAAAUAAACUGAAUAUACUAAAUAUCAGUAUAAAAUAAGUAUAAAAUGCUGGUUUUAAGAUCAGAUUACUUAAAAUUUAACUUUUACAGCCCUAAAAUAAGUGAAAUGUACUAAAUAUCAGUAUAAGGUAAGGAGACAAUGCUGGUUUUAAGAUGAGAUAACUUAAAAAGUUAAUUUUGUCACAGCCUUAAAAAAAAGUGAAAUAUACCAAACAUAAGCAAUUACAUUUUAUGUUUUCUUACUUUCACCAAAUUAAGAUAUGUUUAACAAAAAAAAUAGAAAUUUAGAGAAAAAAUAACCAGUAUUAGUGAAGAAUUACUAAACUCUGUCUCAAUCCAUGCAGGCUUAUCUUGAAACAAGGCGUACUUAACCUUAAAACAAGAUUCCUUUUGAUGAGACUUUGGAAGAAAGAUGGAAUAUAACUUAUUUUAACAGUUACUUUCCUCAUCUUAAGAUUUCUUGCCUAUUUGAGACUAAAAAGACAAAGUUGUGCUUGAUAUAAGAUUAUAGUGUAAAGUCAAACACUUAAAAUAAGAAAAUUAAGUCUUAAAACAAGAGAAAUUAUCCAACAUCUAAAUCCAAGUUUUUUUUUGUCUUGGUAAGAACCGAAUGAUUUGCAGUGAGUAAUUAUGUUUCUUCACCUGGAAUUCCAGGCUGUCCUGGCAGGCCAGGUACUCCAACAUCUCCCUUAAUUCCUGGGAAUCCUGCAGGCCCAUACCCCGCUGGCCCAGGAUCGCCGACUGGUCCUGGGAUGCCUUGAGGCCCUGGUGGACCAGGGAAACCACGGUCACCCUCUCCUCCUUGGUAGGGAUACUACAGAGACAUAAAACCAAAAAAAAAAUGUUUGCAUGUUGUAUGAUGUAGCACAUAGAUGAAAACUGAACAAGUUUAAGGAAGACUGUUAAAUCUUUCUCACUGAGUCCCCUGGAGGUCCUUGUAGGCCUUUAUGACCAGGUGGACCAGGAAACCCAGGGCGGCCAUCUGCACCAGGUCUUCCUGGUUGUCCUUGGUCUCCUGUUUCUCCCUUAAUCCCAGGGGCGGUGUGAGUAGAAGGGUCCCCCUUUUGUCCAGGAGGGCCUCGAUAUCCAGUUUCACCAAGAGGUCCCUUUAGGAGAGAUUAUCUUUUAAGUUUUACAAAAUAACAAACACAAAACAGAUAACACAACAACCGUCCUCCUUUCUGAACAUGCUCUCUUACUGGGAUUCCUGGUGGACCUCUUGGUCCUGGGAAGCCUGGAUCACCUUUAGCACCUGGUCCUUGAUUAAUACCUGGUCAAAUACAUUAUAAAAUAGAUUUGUUACUGAUUUGAAAAACACCUGUACGCACAAGAAUGACACAUGAAACUUUAUUUAAUUUAAGGGCAAAGAAGCUGAAGUCUGUGUGUUUUUUAACAGACAGUGGUUUUACCAGGUCUUCCAGGUGGACCAGGUGGACCAGGUGGUCCAGGGGAUCCAGAUGUGUAACAGUCAUAACAAGGCUCCCCUUUUUCUCCUGUACAGAAGAACCGUAGUGUUUUUAUGAAACUCAGAAUUGUUGCAUAAUGUAAUGUUUUCUUGAACUGAACUUGAUCGAGCUGUUCCAGAAAAAGUAAUGCAGGUCACAAAAUUGUAAAAAUGUGUUUUCGCAUAUGAGUUCCCCACCUUUCAUUCCAAAUGUCCCAUCAUAUCCAGGGUCUCCAGGCUGCCCCCUUACUCCCUUCAUUCCUGGAAGACCCUUGGUGACUCUGUUAGCUACAAGAAAAACAACAACGUCCAUCAGUCUGUUUAUGAUUUUCCAACAUAACCACACUUAUACCAAAAACUUUUUCUUCAGUACUAAAUCAACAUAUGUACACAAAGAACUAUGAGCUUUUCCAUUGGAUUGAGUCAAUACUUCUGUUUCUGCGCAACAAACUGACUGCUUCACAUACUGUCAAACACAACACUAAGGUUUACACAACUUAAAACACUCAAAGCCAUGAACUUUAUUUUUGAAAUUAGAACGGUAUUUGAGAUAAACACUGCAGUUAUAGGAUCAGGAAGCAGAUGCAGCAUCAAUAGUUACAGCAGAUUUAGGAAAAGUUCCCACAGUUUGGUUCGUUCACUUAAGAAGAAAGUUAGCACACACUUCUGUCUUCAGGAGGUCCGGGUGGGCCAGGAUCCCCACGAGGCCCUUGAUCACCAGGAUCUCCAUCCAGACCUGGAAGUGUAGCAUAACGAUGUCCUGGGUCCCCAGGAUCUCCUUUUGGGCCUGGAAACCCACGGGGACCCUGUGGACCUGGCACAUAACCCCCAGAAAUCUGUCCUGUAAAAUUCCAAGUCAGACACAAGAACAGAUUUAGCUGAAACAAAAUUAUUUCUGUUCUCCAUAAUUCUAAUAAAGUCUGAGUGAUAAUUAAUAAAGAUAAAAAUAAAAUGGUUAAUUUAUUUCUUCACUUCAGACCUGGAGGGCCAUCCGGUCCAGGAAACCCCGCAACACCUGAAAAGUACAAGUAAACAGUGUUAUUUCUUGACAAAUAAUGUUGUCAAAAACAAAACUUAGACUUUCUUCUGUCAUGAUAUAUGUUCUGGUAUUUAGUUUCCUCUGGUUUUGGUCCUUUGAGUGUAUUUUCUUUAUGAUUUUUCCCAGUGUUUCUGUGCCCGAGUGUUCCUGUUCCCCUGUAGUCCUAUCUUGUGAGUUUUCAGUUUGUGUCUGACCCCAGUUCCCUCUUGUUCUCAGUUUUAUUCAUUAUCAGUUUGAAGUGUUUCCUGUUUUAUUUUGUAGUAGUUUAUUCCCUUUGUUUCUAGUCUUGUUUUACUUCCUGUUUUCACUCCUCUGUGAUUGUUUGCACCUGUGUCUCAGUGUCUCACCUGCCUCUCGUUGCUCGUUUCCCUGUGUAUUUAAAGUCCCUGUCUUCCCCUGUUUCUUUCUGUGUGUCAAUGCUUCUGUGCAUGGUAUGUAUAUGUGUUCCCAGUGAGUCUCCUGUGAUUUUUUUUGUUCCUUGGAUUUUACCGCUUGUGUUUUUUGCCUUUGGAAAAUUUUCUGUUGGACAUUCUCAGUAAGUUUUUGUCACCCUGCAUUUGGGUCCUUUUCCUUUUUGUUUAAUGCCAAAACGUGACAUCUUCUGCCUCUUUUGUCAGUAUACCUUGGCGCCCAGGAGGCCCACGUUGGCCUGGAGGGCCAGGAUCUCCAUGGUAGCCUUUGAGAGGCUCCGGCCCAUGCCUGAUCUGUAAACAAAACACCAGGAAGCAUGAAAAAGACUCCUGCAGCUGUAUCCAAAGGUAAACUGUUUCAGAAAUGAAAACUGGCUUUCUGAGUGAGUCAGAAACUGAAAAAUAACAAAAAAAAUCUGAGUGUAAAAAAAUGAAAAGACUCACAUCUCCAGGUGGACCAGGGGGACCUCUAUUCCCCUUUUCACCCUAAAUAUAACAACGAACAGUCAAAGAGUGAUGAAACAGUAUAAAAUCUACACAUCCACCUAAGACCGUGUUGUUCCUGACACUGACGGAUUACUGACCAUCUCUCCCUGUGUCCCUGGAUAUCCCGGAUCACCUCUAUAGCCAGGCCUUCCCUAAAAAAAAAAAAAACUAUAGUGUAUUCAAAGGCAUACAAUGCAUUUAGUAACACAACAACUCUACAAAGUGAAAUACCUGAGAUCCAAGUGCUCCAGGGUCACCCUCCUUCCCCAGCCUUCCCUGUAAAGACAAAUUAAAAGUUAAAGCGAGGCACAAUUUCUACAGUAGUUUUAAAAAAAUAGAGUCAUGCUGAAGUUGUUCAUGUGCUCAUGAUAACUUCCAAGAAAUAGUUACUUAAAAAUAAAAAAGCAAAUGAACAAAUAACCAAAAUAAAAAAAGGUAGUGGCUGUGUUCUUUCUUUGUCCUCUUCCCUUUCCUGUUAAACAGGAAACUAGAUUGACUUUGAUGCUGCAUUAGUGCCCUCUGCUGUUCAUCCCUGUUACUGAGCUAUUGCUUUUAUAGACUGCCAGUCCUAUAAAGGAAAUUUAAAUAAGUGGAAACAUAUUUUGAGAAGAAACAAUAGAAUACAACAGUCAAAGAAAUCACAAAAAGUUUUUGUUUUUCAACACAAAUCACAUGAGCACAGAAACAUCAGAAACACAGUCUCAAGAGUUAGAGGAGUCUGAUCAAUCAACAUGAGUGAUCUUACUUCUGGACCCUCUGGUCCUCUGUCUCCUUUGACCCCUUUAGUGCUGUAGCCAUAAGCAGGGUCUCCCUGAGAGGUGAUUGAUAGAAUGAAAAGAUGAAGUGAGAUACAGCAAAUGUACAGUACUAAGACUGUAAAAUAAGAUUUGGAGAAUUAAAGAUUAAAACAGGUAAAUAUUUCUAGUAUUUGUAAUGUGAUACCGUAAAGUAAUUAGUAUGAAUUAUUUCAAAAAGCAACUCACUAUUGCACCCUUGCAGCCCUUUUCUCCAUGAUCUCCUUUUUCACCCUGUGUGGAAGUGAAACUUAAGUUCAGUCAGAUAGCUUGUGUUUUAUUUGAACUCUUUACUGCAGCAGCAGAAAUUUCUCUGUCCUCUGUAUCUAUGCUCUAACCUCAUCACUCCUCCCAGUUGUAAGUUAAGCAGUGGUGAAGUGAUGUCUUAAACCCUCUAUGUCCAGAACCUGCAGCUGCUAAAAUUUUUGAUUCGCAAGAUCAAGAUCAAGAUAUGUCAAAAACUGUGGACAUGAGCAGUCCAGAGAGGAUGGGUACAGGUAUCUUUAAUGCUCUUAUGACCUUUAUCAUAGUGCAUCUGUCAGAUAAUCAUUUCCAAUUCAGCACUAGACAUGGCAUAAGUUAACUAUACUGAACCGAAAAUGAGCUUCUUUUCUCUUUCUCUUUUGUCCUUGUUCUAUUUAUGAGGAGAGAUCAGUAUUUUUUUUUUUUAGCAAGUAUUUUAAACCGUGACUUUAAAGCAGAGGUGUGAAGCCAGCCGGUGAAACAUUUUCGAUAACAGUUAAAUCUUGUGAAAUAUUUCACUGUUGGACUCAUGUUUGUUUUGAUGUGUGAAAAUUCAAACCAAGUGUGAGACAUGUCGCCUCCUGUGCUCUCUCUCUCUCUCUCUCUCUCUCUCUCUCUCUCUCUCUCUUUCUCUCUCACACACACACACACACACGCACACAAACACACACAAAAGCUGAUCAACCACAAUAAAUAUGACGGUUUAUUCAUGCUAUGCUACGCUUAUACAAAGAUUUAAGACAUGAUAAUGCCGCAUAAUGCUUAGAAUCACUCGUUUUACUGUAUAAUGCAAUAGCAUUGCAUAGCAUUAGCAUAGCAUUGCCCCCUUUAAUGAUGAGAAUAGAUAGCAUCCCCAGUGACUUGCUCAAAGUCUUUUACUGUACCUUUAACGAACGACUCUCAGAGAAAAACUCUUUGAUUCGACCUGGUGGUCCUGGGGGGCCUAGUGGUCCUCGUCUGCCCUGCAUUGACACAAAUUGAGAUAUAUUUUUUGAGCAUGUUUUUAUUUGAGGAGAUUUCAUCUGGUUAGAAACAGGUAUUCAUAAGAAGUGGCACUAUCUAUCUUAUUAUGGUUAUGUGUUAAAAAAUAAAAAAUAAAAAAAUCACCUGUAGCCCACGAGGUCCUGGGACACCUCCUGUUCCUUCUUGACCCUGGAGGAUGGAAAAAACUUGCAACUUGUUUGUAUAAUCAGAUCUCCCAGACUUUCCCAAAACAUUCUGCGUGUUUCUAACUUUUUUUUCCAACUUUGGCUGCAGUCAGGUCCUUACGUUCAAUACUUGAGUUCCUACUAACUCGCACCAACUGGUUGAGAUUGUUUUUAUUCCUCCUUAUCUUAUCACCACAGCUCAUGUGUGUAGAGGAGUUUCACACAGAACCAGGGGGCAACAACAUGGCAGAUGUGCACAAUACAUCCCAAAACACUGCUCCUCCAAAGAGGGCACUUUAAGGGAAUGAGAACGGCUGGGAAAUGCUGCCACUUUCCUGGGCAGGGUAAAUCUGCUGAUGAUGAAUUUUUAAACAGACAGAAAAUAGAAAAUACUCCAACUUCCACAUUCAUGCACAAAUCUAAAGACUAAUCUGAAAUUACCUUAGACCCUGGACCCCCCCGACCUCCAGGAAACCCCUGUUCAGACAGAUAUAACAGCCAUCACAAUCACUCCCAGAAUGCUAUACUGACAUUGUGCAGGACGAUCAAUAACUUUACUGACAACAGCGCCUGGUGAUCCUUGAUCACCUGCUGGUCCAUACUCUCCUCGGACACCUGGAUCCCCCUGAGAUACAAAUUGAUGGUGUCAUGAACCGCAAUGGAAGAUUUUGUACAAGGCGAGAUGUAGUGUUCGCAAUUCUAUCAUGUCAUUGUUACCGGGUCUCCAUCCCUCCCAGGGGGUCCACGUGUCCCUGGUGAUGGAUGCAAUGACAGCCUGGAUUCACCCUGUAGAAGAGAGAGAGCUUGCUUUAAGUUUCAGCUCCUAAGAGUACAGAAUCCAGUGUUAGAAACAGCUGAAAUACUGUAAUGUCGAGGGGAAGGUGUUGUUCUUGGAAUACAAUGUGCGAAGGUGCGAUGUACUAGUAGUCCGCAGGCUCUGCAUUAGCUUUCACAACUCAUCUUUAUGUUUCUGCGAACACGACAUGCAUCUACGUGCUCAGAUUUACAAUGAGUAUAUUCAGCACCUGGGCGGCUUCUCCUGUAAGUCGCUGCAUAAUCCGAGCUGAUUAUUUACAGAACUGUUAACCUGAAGUAGAAUUUCUUCCUCAAGUUUUGACUGUAUUUAUAGAAAAAAGUUAUGAAUGAAAGCAUGAUCCAAGAAGGUUUCUUAACUCUUGAAUCAGAUGUGAGGGUGAGCAGAAAAAUAUAAGGGACAGACUGUACAGAAGGAAAACCACACUCAAAUAAAAAAAGUCCUAAACAAGUUAUAGGUCUCACAUGGAUUAAGUACAAAAUUAGCUCUGGGAGUUCGGGGAGGCUGAGAGGACACUUGCUGCUGCUGUGUCAUGUUAUUUCUUGUACUUGAUGCAUCAUGAUGAAGCUAGCAAAUGUCUUAAAAGCAGUGAUUGCUGAGCAGUUCUGCAGUUUCACCCUUUCACUGAAGAAAAAAAAAACAGCUGGGCCUGUGAUGGUGAGACAUUCGUUUGUUACCUUGUGUCCACGCGGGCCUGGUGAACCCUGCAAAGCAGAGAUUAGCAGCUUUUAGACAUCUGCCUUGAUGGCUGUUAAGACACUACAUAAUCGAGAAAAUUAGACAACAGUUGAAGACUUAUAACAAAUCAAAACAGUGAAUGUUAUUAUAGUUUUAAAACUGAUAGAAAUUCUCUUGAUAUUGAGCCUUACUUGAUGUCCAUCAGCGCCACGGGCUCCGUAAAUACCAGGAAGUCCAACUUCUCCCUGAAUGUACAUACAGAAACUACACUGAGUUUUUUUUAACCCUUUAUUGUCUUUUGUAUCAUAUUUGAUACAAUACUUCUAUCAAUCAAUAUGAUCAACAAAUUACUAAAAAAACAUCUUAACACAGUCCGAUAAAUGAUAAAAAUGUCCUCUUGUGGUUUAUCAGUUUCCAAAAACAUCUGAUGUAUCAAAUAAGAUAAAUAAAUAAAUAUAUAUAUUUGUAAAAUUUUAAGGACAUUUUCUAAUUUUUUGGUUUUCAAUAGUAAGUGAAAUAAACAUUUCAGCUCCAAAACAUUUUACUUUUCUGGCCAUAAUUUGUGGUUUCAGGUAUUUUAGGGUUAAAGACAGAAAGAAGAGUGACCUUAUAAGCUCACUGAGAAACCAGUGAAAACUCUAAAACUUUACAGACACUAAAAUGUGUGUUUCUCUGACCUCUGUUCCAUUGCAGCCUGAGGCCCCUUGGGGUCCUGGAGGCCCUUGUAAACCCGGAACACCCUGAAAGACAUUAUCAACAGAAUUGAUUGACAUACGUAGGUAUAUGCUCCCAUACAAGCAAACAAAAAUGUAUUACAGAGAAUAAAACAUCUUACCGGUAAACCAUAAGAUCCGGCAAACCCGUCUUUACCCUCAGGCCCCUAAAAUCAGAGAAUCAAAACAAGAUUUUGAUCUGAAAGCCAACAAGGGCUCCACAGAGAGUUUUCAAGGCAGCUGCUAUGUUUGCACUCUUCCAAUACACAUCCAAAUAAAUAUUUUACACAAGUAAUUUAAAGCAUAAAGAUACUUAAACAACCAAAGAGAUAUCAAGGAGCAGAGUUUCGUUACCGGGUCGCCUUUUGGCCCCACAGGUCCUACAGCUCCAAUAUUACCCUGUCACAAAUAAAUUAACACAGCAUAACUAAAAUGUUAGUAUCUAAAAAAGGAAAAAUUGUCCUCUGAAAUCAGUGAUAAAUUUUGGGGUCAUAAAAUCUGCUUGUGAUCAAGAUAAAGAAAUCAUACCUUUGGUCCCAUUGGCCCAGCAUGGCCAUCUGAUCCUGGACGACCUGAGGCCCCUUGGAAACCUCUUUCUCCUGGAGAACCUUUCUCUCCCUGUGUAUGAUUAGAGACAGGCACAGGUAAAGAAAAGGCACAAGUUGGCAGCAGACCAUACAAAACAAUAACAGAACGUUUUUUCCAAAAAAGGUUGUCUAAAGUUUCAAAAUAAAGAUCUGUCAUCUUAGGAACUUUUGGUUUCUCUCACUUUUGGUGCCCUCUGUACACGAAGAGAUACCUCUUAUUUUGUCCAUGUGAUAGUAGUCUUUUCAAACUAAAAAAAUCAUCAUUCUUUUCUUGCAACAGUGAAAUGUAUCACUCACUGCAAGUAUAUACCAGAAAAAAAGUAAAAAAGACAGCUGUUUCAUCCUGAUGCCAUCUGGUCUCACAGCAGUUUCAGGAAAGGACACAUCAGUCUCAUUCCUGAUGGUCUUAUUUGCUUUCGAAGGUCAUAAAAAGACAACAGUAUCAGUCUUAGCCUGUUUCUCAACCAGUUAAAAACCUCUCACAGUGCCUUUAGGGAUACAAAGAGUUCACUGGAUGUUUGUUGAAAUGCUGCUGAAUGCUCAAAUACUACCAGAGGACUGCUGUUUAAAAUCCCUGCUGUUGAAUGAGACAGCAUGGAGCCAAUAAGAGCAGAUGUUAUAAUGUUAAAAAGUCAUUUAGUAGAUGCUCUUGUCCAAAGCGACGUACAUUUAAGAGUAAAUAAAACACGAGCAACAAUCUAAACAGAAGGACCAAACAUGAGUAAGUGCCAAAAACUGCCUCUAGUUGGACAUAAUGAUGUUGUGGAGUUUCAAGGAAGUUUUUAUAAAUUGCAUCAUCAUCAUCAUCAUGACCAAUAUACACAACACCAUAACCAUAAAUGCCAAACCCUCUAAGUUAGAAAGUUUUUCACAAAGAACUGGACCAAUAAGUGUCUCAGAAGUAGAAGGGGACUGUUUAAAGCAAAGAGGUUGUAUAAGUCAAUUUAGCAAUGGCAGCUACGAUGGAGAAGAACCAAACUUAAGUUCACAGGUGUUCCCUAAAGACCUUAGUCUUUAGCUUUUCCUUAAACAUGGAAAGGGACUCUGUUGAGCUGAUAAGAGUGUGAUAAUUUAUUCCACCAACGGGGGACAACAGAGGAGAAGAGUCUGGUGAGUGAGGUUGGGUUGGACUGGGUUUGAAGAGAGAGGUUUGACUGUGCAUGCAGGGAGGUCUGCCAGUAAGGAGUUGCAGUAGUCGAUGCAUGAUAUCAAGAGAGCCUGUACCAGGAGCUGAUAUUCACAUAUUUCGCUAAAAACAUUCGUCUUCAUGGCUUCAUAAAGUCAAAUAUUACUGCUGUAGACAAACCUGUUAUAAGCAGGUUGUUUGGACUAGAAAUGCCCUGACUAAUUUCACUUUGCAGACUUUGUUCACUUCCUAAUGCUCCUAAGUUGGUCAAUAAAGUUAUCAACUGAAUGUAUACAAGACUGUUUGUAGUCCAAAGCUGGGUUUCACCUGCUUUCGACCGACGAUGUGCCAUUUCUUGUGACGGUCUCUCUUGACAAAGUAAAUUUUAAUGAAAGAUUUCUGAAAUAGGCCAAAUAAAACCUAAAACCUACUUGACACUGUGACACUCGACACUUGACUUCAAGAUGUUAAAAGCAAGAUUUACCGACCUGACAUGACAUAGAAAAGACUUAUAUGAUACAGUUAAAGCACAUGUAAACAAUUUUAAUAUAGUCAGCUGAACUGCAUGUGGCUGUUUCAGUUUUGGAGUCCUACCAGUGGAUAUUUCUUUCUACAUAUUUAAAAUACAAGUCUUAAGUUUAAUAAAUAAAAUGCCAAAGGAGCUCAAACAAGCACUCAGAAGGUCUCACAUGGUUUACUUAUAUACUGUAUAAAUCAUUGACAGCAUGACAGCUACCCUUGUUAAAGCCAAAACUUUAGCUUCAACCAAUUUUAGAGCUCUCCCAGGUGGUUGUCUACUGGUUGACAAAUACAACUCAUUUAAUGGACAAUCAGAGUGGAGGAGAAAUGGUGAGAAAAUUGGCAAACACUAACACGGGUCAUUGGACUUUCUCUAAGCCUUGAGUAUCAGCUUUGAAUCAACACAAGAAUCUGUUCUGUCAAAGACUACUGACAGAAAACUGAUAAUAUUUUAAAAACAAAGGCUUGCUAACCUCUAUGAGCAUAAAUUAAAUCAUGAUAAACCAUGUGUUUUUCACAGAAAGUAAAUUAUACACUCACCUUACUGCCUUUCACUCCUUCACAGUGACAUCUUGAUUUUCCAUUGCACACACACUGAGAAGAAGAAGUUACAUCGUUCGAUCAGAAAUACACGGUAACAGAUAAAUUGCAAACAAAGGGUGUCACACCGGUCAAGAAGAAAAACAUGCAUCCUAUACUACCGUCAGCGGAUUGAAUUAUUCAUAACCACCGACCAUGCAGAAACUAAACAAACUUGUCCAUCUGAACAUGAACAAACUCCACAAAGUUUCAUCCCGCAGAUUGGAAGCACAGACACUGAGGGCAGUCUGCCCAUUUCAGUGAUCCAAAUUGUACACAAUAAAUCGCUGCUUUUACAAACAUGGUGUUAAUCAAUAAACUGUUAUACCACAGGGGAGAAAGUUUACUUUGGAGGGAUUUGUAGGGGAUUUAUAGAAGCAAUUUGCCCAAACAACACCUAUAACUCUCCAGUGCUACGAGCUAAUACCUCCUGUGUCUCUGCUCAACACGGUGGCUUUAAAUUUGAGGGCUGUAACACCACUGCUUAUCCUCAGAGUGAAAGGUUAAUUGAUGCAAACACAGUAAAAAAGGGAGAAAGUCACAAAAUGGAUCGCCUUUGGACUGAAUUAGAUUAGCAUAGGCUUUCAUCUUCUGAUAUAAUGAACCAUUAUAAGUUUUUGCCAAGUCAUUUGAGAUGCAUUACAUUUCAGAUUCAACAAACCUUUGUGGAAAAAAAAAGAAGAACAGAAAACAGGCUUAGCACUAUGAGUUAUAUACUGUAUUUUGAAACUAGGUGUUUUGAUUGUGGUAUUUUUACUGUUUUUAAAUUCUUAAAACACAUGAAAUGAUAAUAAGAUGAAGCUAAUUACACCAGAUAUUCAUUUAAUGCUUAUCUUUAUUCAAUAAGAAGGGGAUCUUCUUUGCUAUUGCUAUAACAGUGUUGGAAGUGUAACGGUAUCUGUGCUGCAUAUACAGUACCCAGCAAAGGUCAGUACACCCCUUAUCAAAAGUAAUAUAUUACUCAAUAUCUAAAUGAGCAAAAGUACAAUUUCCAAAAUGUUGACAAAGCUGAGUUUAACAUCACAUUUUAUUCACCAUAAGAUUAAAAUAAAGGUAAUAUGGUUACUAAAAUUUAGCUUUGCUCCUAGAACUUUGAUUAGGGUGUACUCACUUUUGCAUCCUGUUUUUACAUUGAAAAAAAUAAAAAAAAAUCAUUUUUUGUAUGCAACUUAAAAAAUCUUGGUGUAAUCAAUGGCCAACAUUUGGGGGAGUAUUUUGUUGUAUAACCUGACAUAGAAAAUGUUGGUUUUGAAAGGAAACUAAAGGUUUUCAGACAACUCCAAAGGGGUUUACUCAUUUAAGCUGAGCUCUGUAGUUAAUUAUUUCUGUUUCAGUCUAAUAAAUUAUAACAUUAUUUAGAGCAACAUCAUAACUGGUCAAUAGUUCUUACUGCUUUCCCUUGUGGCAGCUUGUUUCCCUUUUAAAUUCUGUCCCUUUUCAAUGACCUUCUAUUAAAAGGCCCACCAACAUAGCCAUCUGAAGGAUUUUGUACACAACAUGCGCAAACAGACUGUGAGAAACGUGCAUCUCUUCAGGAUACGAGAUGUUUGCAGAGAGGCAUAGACACUACAGUUGCAAACAGACCACAGGGUUGUAUAUCAAAGUAAAGGCUGUGAGGAUGAAUGGUGCGAACGCUAAACGCAACAGGAAACACUCUGUUUUAGAAAGACGCUCGUCUCCUAUAAACAGUGACUCGCUGGGAGAGCAUCAGGUUUAGUUUAGCGAAGAAAUAAUGAGAAACUAAACUCUACUGAUGCUGCAUGUGUUGCACCCUGCGAUACUGUUGAAUAAGCAACAAUACAAUCCUUAAAAAGCUUCAAACAAGGUUGAGUCAUUGUGUCAUUACAUGAACUAAAUAAAAACAUGAAGGAUUUAAGAAAAAGGCAAGAGCUGUGCAGAUUAGAGUUGCUGCUGUUGGUUUAAUGGAAUCUGAUAUUUUCUGCAUAAUGUCAUAUCAGCAGGAUAAAAAAGAGAUAGCUUACAUUUUUGGCCCCAGUGCCCAUCAGCAUCACUGCAAACAGGAUCAGAAGAACUGCAGACACAGGCUUCCCCAUGGCUCUCCCUCCCUCCCGGUGGACCAAAAGCUCAGGAGUUACCACAUGCCUUUUUCAGUGUCCUCCACGACAACCUGCCUUCACAUUGCAUCAAUCCACUGCUGCACUAUGGGUGAUCUCAGGCCAUGGUUUGAGUUAAAUAAAAACUUCCUAUCUGUGUUCAAGAGCCCUGAUAGGUCGGACAGCCCAUAGAUGAUGUUUAGUGUGACCCUGAAGAGGGAGUUGGCUGAUGUGUUCAACCCCAAUCAUCUUCACUGUCUUCAUGCAGUUCCCAAAACUUACAAACAGUGGCAGACACUCUGUUUAGUUUUUACUGAUUCAGGGGGCAGAAGGUUAGUUCGAAACUUGUCGGAGACUUUUCUGCUGAGGAUGCAUGACAGUGCACACAUAGAUUGAUUGGAGCUACUGUAUGUCGGUGAGUUGUAACUUCUUUUUUUGCAUGCAUGAUGGGCCGCAACCUACAGGCUAUAUGUGAUUAAGGCUUUUAUAAAAAGAUGCCAUCUGGAUGGGAGGUCAGGGUAUUUUUUAAAUAUUCUUUAUGUGUAGAAAAUGCAUGUUCAUAAGGAGAUUGCAAGUUCAUUUUACAGUCCGAUAUAUAACAUGACCUUAUAGCUGGCAGGUGUCUGGUGUUAAAUGCUUCUUUUUUCGAUCACAAGGGGCAGCACUGAGGCCAGCGCUCACCUGUCACGCCGACUGAUGAGAUAGGAGAUGGGGUCCUCUUUUGCUUCUUCCAUGCUGUUCCCCCUCAUGUGAGUUUCUCUAUUUUAAAAUAAAUCAAAAACUGCAUAAUUAUUUUCAGAGGUACUAAAAUUCUAUCAUCAUCUUGUUUUGACCCAUAUCUGCUAACAUACACAUCUAAUGAUAGCUGUGCUGCCUCAUAACCCUACACACCCAAGUAUUAAAAACCCUAAAGCCUUGUAUCUUUCACACAAUCAGAAUUUGUUUUUUUUAUUCACAGAAAAUCUAAUUAAUUAAAGACUAGCAUCAGCUAAAGUGGUAUUUAGUAUUCAAAAAAGACAUAUCAGCACCUUGAAAAACAAAUGAAUAAGCAGAAUACUGUAGACUACAAGUAGCUGAGCACCAUUUUAAAUAAAAGUAGACUAAUAAGUGAGAUUUAUGAGGAAGGUAUGUAAAGUUGGAUCGUAUUAAAACCCUUUAUUUUGUUAAUCUAUUUACCCAAAGGCAAACACACUUCUUGUAUGUUUACUCAUAUGUUCAACAAGUCGUCUAAACUGCAUUCCAAUGUGUAGAAUUUGUAUAAAAAAACUGAUCUCCAUCACAACGCUGAGAAACAAAUAAUGUACCUCCAACAACCUGCAGUGUGAGGAGACUAUAGGUUAGCUAGAUCUUCAUGGAAGUUACCCAGAGAAUUAUAUUAGACAUGAAACACAUGUUUUUGUUAUGCAAUCUAUGUGAUCAACAUUUAUAUGUGUCCAUCAGAUGAGGUUUAAGAGAACUGUGAUUGAUUCUUUUACUUCCAUAUUUACAGGUGGACCCUCGUCUUGGCUCUUUUGGUGCGGGAACUCAGAGCAGUAAGACUUUUUAAGUUUUACGUUAUCAUUUGUUAUACUCAUUUCAAGAAACACAUUAUACUGCCACAAUGACAAAACUAAAAUCUGAAACCUCGUUAUCUGAACAUCAGACAUUUUUGAUCAAAUAUAUGUUUGAAUAAAAAAAAAGUAUACACAAAAAUAGAAAAAUAUUGGCUAUAUUGUGAUACUGCAAAGGACAACCAAAAUGCAUUCAUCCUAAAUUCAGAUAUGAAAAUUGACCUUUAUGGUGAGUAAAAACUGCAUUUAGAAAUAUGAUAGUUUUGCCAAAAGUAGAUGCUCCUUUGAUUCAAUAAUGUUCUUUUAAUCGGCCGCACAUAAAAUAGCAAAAUGUCAUGAAGCGGACCAGUGUCCCAACACCGACAUCUAUUUACGUGUUCAGAGAAAUCUUUUAUAAAAUAAAACUGUUUGGUAAACCCCGCCCUCUUUAACAUAUUAUCUAAUCGUAGACAAUCUAAUGUUGAUUGGUACAGUGCUGGUUGGUUGAUGACAUAAAUUGAAAUAAGAAACAGUCAGAGACUAGAAGUUUGUCAGAAUUUAUUUCUAGACGGUGAAAGCCAGGCCCCUGGCAGAACUGUAAGUGUUCAUCACUUGGGUAUUUACCUGCGACAACAUAAACUGCUGACUCACACUUAAGGGGAGCUUAAAUGAGCCCAAAGCCAUUAUGUAUGAAAAUAGAUACCUUAAGAAUAGGCUGAUUUUCACAGCACAGUUCUUAACCUAGAGCACAAAUGAGUCUUAUAUUGUUUACAGCAUAUUAGAGUUUCGUUUUCUUUCACAAACAUUACAUCUGUGCAUAUGCAUUUGUUAUCAAAGUAUGUGAAAUAAUUCUGAUGGUGGUUUUAGAUGUUGAAUGAUUAGCAUUUUGACGAUCUGUUAUGCAGGACCUCUGUAACUAACCAAGCCAAAAGUCGUUAUUUAGAAACAGCAUAUGAUUAGUCAUCAUGUGUGCUUCUUAGAUAAACUAAAGCAAGCACAAUGAAAAAGGCUGAACAAGGUUCACAACAUAGACUGUAUAUAGAAUGGACGUUGUCUGCCUCCUUGCUUGAUGAAGCCACGCUGAGAACAGCACCCUCUGGUGACAGGCUGCAGUAUAGGUCAUAAAUCCCGCCACCGCCAGCAAAGCUCACGGGGCUGUGGACAAACUUUAGAAAUUUAUUACACAGAACAUAUUUUUCUCCCCCCUGCUUGCGAUGUUGACAUGUAGCUAUUGUAAGACUGGUUUGUGCUCAAGUCCUCUUUUUUUCUGUACAGCUCCAUUUUAAAAAGUUAUCAGGGGGUUCAUGUUUUCUAUGAUUGACACUUGAUACAGCCUAUGGGCGUACGAAGAUUGUGUAGCUCAUCCGGGGAAUACGCUGUUUGAGUUGAGCGUCAUCACAGCGACUCUCUGCACUUUUUUUUUUUUUUUAUUAUUUUAUUUGUUUUGUUUUUUGACAAAUUCUGUUGAUGCUUGACAGGACAGUUUAAAGAUAAUUUCUUUUAUUUGUAUUUAUUAUUAUUAUUAUUAUUAUUUUAUUUUUUUUUUUUAUUUCAUUUUCACAACUGCAUUUAAUUGCUGAUGGUAGUCUUCAAUCCAAACUACUGGUGGUUACAUUUUAUCUAUGAUUUUUUUUUUUGGCAGAUGCAGGAUAUAGACUAACUAAUGUGUUUGGAUCAAAAGUGAAAGUUGGACAGCAGAUGUGGAAAAGAAAUUUCCUGAACAUAAACCUUUCCAAAUAUUUAGCAAGCUUUGAGAAAACACUGCUAAAUGUUAGUGUCACACAGGCUCAUGUUCACACACUUAUAUGGGAACAUUUGGCACCUGGAAGUGUGGGUUUAGAGAUGAGUUGCUUUCAGGACAGUGUAAGUUCAUUCUGAGACUGGAGAAGCACUGUGAGACCUUUUUCUUAUCAAGGUCUGAGAACUUACUAACACUGGAGUCUUUUAAUGGUAAAUUGUGUUGAAUUUUCUAAUCAAGACUGGCCAGUUCCUGUGGGGCUCAAAGUCUCAAGGCUGGUUCUGAGCACUGAAAAACACUCAGGAAUGACAGAUAAGCCCAAAACACUACCUUAUCUGAUAUGCCUGUUUUGUCAUUCACUCUGCAUGGAAACACAUCUAACACAGCCCAAUACUGUCUCCUUUUUUUCUCAAAAUACAGAUAGAGAAUUUUCCUGUAUUCAUGAUCUUUGAUUUGGAUCUUUUUGUUUGUUUGUUUCAGGGUGGAAAUGAGGGUCCAUGUGAAGGGAGAGACUGUCGUGAAUGUCGCUGUCUUCCAGCCAAAGGUGCCCGGGUAAGAACUCUUCUUUUACUGUAAUAAAUCAUAAAGUCAUCCUUAGUUGUGCUAAGGAUGUGGUGGUGAUGAUGGAAUAAAAAAAGAUUUAGUUUCAAAUGGCUUGCAUAACACACAGUUACAAUAAAUCAGACUAAUAUGAUGUAUCUUAACUGUGCUGUUCAACUGUCAUCCAAGCCACUGAAAACAUGUUUCUAAAUUUUAAUUAAGCGUUGUUUUUUUUCCAACUGUUGGAAAUAAACAUUGAUUCUUGUCUUUACAGGGGGCCCCAGGAAAGCCAGGCCAGCAGGGUUACAAGGGAGCGAUGGGACCAGUGGGACGUGUGGGGUCGCCUGGAGAGAAAGGCAGGAGAGGAGCAGAGGGACCACAUGGCCCUGCAGGUCCCAAAGGAGACCGUGUAAGGAUAUACAUACCUGUGUAUGCAUUACAUAAAAGAUAGGAGGAUUCAUCAUACAUUGUACAUCUACACUGAUGUGUGAUAUGUGUCGUGGAUUGUCUGUAAUAGUGCAAAUGGAAGGAAAAUUUAACCCUACAAAACUUAAUGGUGCUCCCAUUUUUUUACAUUACAGGGCAAGACUGGUCUCCCUGGUUACACUGGGGCUGAUGGCUUACCAGUGAGUAAACCAAUGUUGUAAUUCAAAUUUUUAAAAGAGUACUGCAUACUCUGAAAUGUCCUCUGAGAAGUAAAACAGUUUGAUGGGUUUUAUCCUAUUUCCAGGUUAGUUUGAGGUUUACAUUCUUCACAGUCACUCCAAAAUCUCUCCUGAAAAUUUUAGCCCAUAAAAAUAAACAUAAUUUGAUUCCUCGACUAUUCCUUAAUUGUUAAUAUAUCCCAUAAUAUCCCCCUGUCAAGGUACUGUAUAAUUAGAGAUCUCUCAGUGAGUAGUAAAGUGAUUUGAAGCAUUUAUCUAGUGUGCCCUCUAGUGGACACAUCAUGGUACAUGGUAAGUGAGGGUUUGAUCUCUUUCAGUGCCUUAGGCAGCUGCCUCUUUACAACUCAAGUGUUUGUGUUGACUAAAAUUGAAGUUGUUGAAGUUGUUCAUCUGAACCUGUAUGUAAUUACGAAUAAUUGUGUAUCAAUUCUCAGAUAGAGUCAGGGGGUAAUAAAUGUAGCCUCCAAUACCAUGUGAUUACACUUAGUUGACAUAACUGUUUGUGUAUUUCAGGGCCACCCUGGAGCGAGUGGUGAGUCUGGUUUAACCGGACCUGAUGGCUGUAAUGGGACAAGGGGUCGACCAGGAGAAGAUGGUGGCCCUGGUUUGGAUGGUCGCCCCGGGCCACCGGUGAGUUGAAGCCGUUCUUCUGAUAUUCCUGCUAUUUUCAAAUCAGAGGUGUACAGAAAGAUGUCAGCACUCAUUUUUAAGUAUUAGUGUUAAUCUGUCAGGUGCUUUGACUAAAUUCACCAAUUAACUUUCACUAGAUGUCAUUUGUGUGAUGAAAUAUCACUUCAGGUCCGUUAUUUAAUUAGACAUCACUUAUAAUUUGCCUCUUGAGAACAUUUUCCUUUCCUCUUGGUAGGGAUUACCUGGACCCAAAGGACUCAAAGGGGAACCUUUGUAUGAUGGUGCACUUCCAGGACGCCCAGUAAGUUCCACCAGUUUCGAGGAUCUCAUCAAUGACAGAUUAGGUUUUAUGAGUCAGUCUAUCUGUCAGGGUUUUUAAGUGAAGAGUAUUUGUAUAUGUUAUAAUCCUAAAUUCCCAUCAUCCUUAUUUAUCUUCAUCUUGUCUUGUCCUUCAAGGGGGAACGUGGUGCAGAUGGAGAAAGCGGUCACCCCGUGGGUUUUCAUUUUUUAAUUUGAAACAAUCUGCAGAUACAUGAAGCAAGGGUUACAUUUUGAUGACCCUGAUUACUCUUUAGUUUGUUAUAGUUGUAUAAUGUUGCUUUUUCUUUAUUCAGGGAAGAAAAGGAAACAGAGGGGCCAAAGGCUUCACUGGCCUUCCUGGCCCUCCUGGCUUUGAGGUAAAAUAGAUUUCACUGUUUUUAUUCAUUUAUUUGUAAAAGUAACAACAGUUAAGAAGAAAUGAUGGUGUCCAUGCAAAGUAUGCAACUUUACAUUACUUCACUAAUAUUACAAACGAACUGAUGAACUAUGUGAUUUCAUCAGGGCUUAACUGGAGCUAACGGUGUGAGAGGACCACCAGUGAGUGCCUGCUUUAAAGUCUAUUUUUGUACAUGCAUUCAUUCAUAUAUUUACACAAACACAAAAUCUGACUGAACUUGUGGUUGUCGUGUAGGGUGACCCUGGAGCAUCACUUGCAGGCGAUAAAGGAGAAGAUGUAAGAUGUCAUAUUGGUUUUUGGAAGCUAUGUGCUGAGGUUUUGCGCAGGUGAGCACGUAUUGAUGUACCACCCCUUCAAUUCUUUAUUCCAGGGAGAGCAAGGCCCUCCUGGCCCACAAGGACCUGAAGAAGUUAUAGAACUACCUCCAGACUUUCUUCCACCCAAAGGUUACAAGGUGAAGAAAAAUCAUUAUCCGUGCAUCAUUCAUGUGUAAUCCUCAUUAUGCCAUAGCUUCUACUGUCUUUUUUCUGCUUCUCAGGGAGAGAAGGGCUUUCCAGGACAAUGUGGGCCAAAGGGCGUAAGAGUAAGUUUUAAAACUAAUCAUAGAAGUAUGUCUGAGGGAUAGAAAUAGAUUUUAAUUGUUUUAUUCUUCCUUGUCAGGGAGGCAGAGGAGAUGACAACAUCCAAGAAAUUAAAGGAGAAAGAGGAAUUGUUGGUUUUCCUGGAGCUCGGGUAAUUGAAUUAAACCAGACACCAUAACAAAAAAAAAAAAAAAAAAAAAACAUUCAUACACACAUAUACAAUUAUCUCCCUGUUGUUACCAUCUCUAGGGUCUCUCAGGAUUCCCGGGAAGGGAUGGACCACCAGGAUCUGAGGUACACCUAUGAUAUGAUGAAGCGUUUCCUGUUCUGAAAUGUUCAUGCACAUAUAUUCUAAGGUUAAACAACAAACUGGUUUGUUUUUAGGGUUUGCUUGGAGAGAAAGGACUUCCAGGUCUCAUAGGAAGAGUUGGACCAAAAGUGAGUUUUGCAUAAACAAGAAAGGAGUCUGCAUCACUGUUAGAUUUGAAUAAGACAGCUGGUGUCAUGUACCAAAAAAGGACAAUUUUUUUUGUGAGAAUAUACCAUUAUAAACUUGAUAAGCUCAGUCUGAUCAUGAGACAAGUUUCAUAGGCGGUAUAUAUUCAAAACCUUUGCAUAGAGAUGCACUGUCCAUUUAUGAAAUCAGUCAAUUGAUAAGCUGUCUUUUAAAAACUAACUUUUCUUUCCAUCUUUAGAAAUGUUACAUACAUGUAUCACUUUUUGGUUUUCAAUGCCGGUCUUCCCAUCCAUCAGGGUUACCCAGGAGAUCCUGGUCUCCCUGGUUCCCCUCGGUAUCAAGAUGGCAGUGAUGCCAGAGGUGAAGACACACCUACACCCUCUUUACUGUUAGAACCAUGUGAUAACAACAUUUUGUUCAUUUGAAUAGUAUUCUGGUAAUAUGUUUGUUCCUUGAUAUUUUUUUGUCUUAUCUUACUGUUGGGUCUGUUAAACCACAUGUUAUUGGUGAAACAGUUUAUUCUCAAAUAAUACUCCAAACAGACUCCUUAUUUUCUGAAGGGGUAUCUAACUCUCAUCCACUAAGGGAUUUAAUGAAGAUGAGAGGUGUUAUACAUAAUUAUUUUGGUUGAUUUCUAUCACGUUUUCCAAAACAAAUGAAUGAGCAAGAAGUGAAGAAUAUAUAUGGUUGCACUUUUCAAAUAAUAAACCUUUUUCUUUCUUUUUUUUUUUCCACCAAAAAAUGUCCCAAAACCAAACUUUAAGUGGAACAUAGUUUGGGAUAUGUGUACUUAAUACUGUAUGUGAUACCUAUUCUUUACACUUAAGUUCAGGCUCCUGUUAUAAAAUAUUAGCUGGUUUUGAAACAGACAUAUUGAGCUUUUUGGCUGUUUGUGAUUUAAAAAAGCAAAGUAGACCAUGAACGAGAGGGGUGACCACUUCAGUUAAAGCUCCUGUGAGGGACAUUUGGUUUGUGUCAGUUUUGGUGCCCCACUGAGACAAAUUUUCUUAUCUUAUCCUUUACUUGCUUGAAAAGUGUCCUCUGAAACAAACGAACAAACAAAAAACUUUAUUAAUUUAAUAUUUAAUGUGAAUAUUUUGUAAAGAAUAUGUAAAAACGAGGCUCUUUCUUCAGCCACUUUGCUGACACCUACCCACUUGGACCAGUUUCAGGCACAGAAACAGCACUCAUACAACCAAAAGAGUAAACGUAAAGACUGCUGUGUCCACAGGGGAGGUCAGGAUGAACACAAACUGAAUGUUCCUCACAGGAGCUUUAAAUUCGUAAUCAUCAUACUGUUUGAGAUAAAUCAGCCAUUGUUUCCUCAUUGGAUGUCCUUUUUUUCUGGCUCAGGUCCUAAAGGGGACCGUGGUUUCCCUGGACAACCUGGACUCCCAGGUGAUCCUGGAUUAAUGGGCAUACGUGGACUCCCAGGCCUACCGGGAUUAAGAAUACCAGGUCAGGUUUAGCUUUUGUCUUUGGUCUCUAACUUUCUGGAUUAUCAUAUGGAGGACAUCACUCAAUAUCUGGUCUUGUUUAAAGUUUGACUCUGUCUCUUAAAUAUUCUUAGAUGGGCUUGCUCAACCUGGUCCACGAGGACCGACUGGUGAAAAGGGUUACAAGGGAGAGCCAGGAAGAUACAGUGACUUUGAUAUCAACCCAUAUCCUGGUCCAAAGGGCACUAAAGGACUCCCUGGACGUAAAGGUGACCAAGGACCCCCAGGUCCUCCAGGUAUGUCUGAGUUUCCUUUAUUUUAAACCUAAGCGAGUGUACACAGUAUUUUAUAUGUCCAUUUGAACUUAGACUUACUUUCUGAAUUGUCUGCUUGCAUGUGGAAUAUUGACGUGUUUGGAUCAGGAUGUGGAGGUGAGUUCUUCAGUUGCUUUUGAUCAAACAAGUCCAUCAAUUUUGAUACCCAAUUUUGCGUCACAAGUACUUUUUUAAUAAGCAUUGCCCAAUUUGUCCUCAGAUUAUUACUGUGAGCCUGGUUACCCUGGCGACCCUGGUGACCCAGGACCUAAGGGACCCCGUGGAAAUCCAGGACUUAAGGGAAUCAAAGGUAAUCUAGAAACUGUUGUAUGCUUUAGUUUAUCUCACAAGUAGGAAAUGUGUAGAUAAGUUUAGUUAUAUUCUGCCUGAACAUGCUAACACAUUCUUGCUUUUCUUUUGCAUCUGUGUCCCCCAAAGGUUGCGUAGGGGAUUGCGAGUGUAGGUCAGGUGGGGGCAACCCAGGUCCCCCUGGUCCUCCUGGUAAUACAGGGCCUCCUGGACUACCUGGAACUGAUGGACCAAGGGGAAACCCAGGACCAAAGGGAGAUGAGGGUCUAAGAGGACAACAAGUGAGUGCGUUAUGAGUGGGUUAUUGACGCAGAAUCAAAUUCAGGUGUAGGUUCAGGUGUAGGUUUUCACAUUCAAGGAAAUUACCAUGGGGCUUUUGCACAAAACUACAAAUGUGACAGGUGGAAAAAAUUAUAAGACUUUUGUUUUUUUUUUAAGGGCUUUCAAGGACAUCAUGGUUUAAAAGGACAAAAGGGUCAAAAAGGAGACUCUUACACGGUUGAUGGUAAAGGUAAGCAGCUGUUAAAGCCAAAUCUGUGCUUUACACAGCAUUAUUAUUGUUGAUAACUCCAUUUUCAUGUACAAUAAAAAACAGUUUAUACAUUUUUCAGCAAACGGCAAUUCAACAUUUGUAGCUUUGUGUCUCCUUUUCGUGUUUUUUUUUAUUAUUUAAAGGUGCCAAGGGUAACAGAGGAAUCACGGGAUAUCCUGGUCCUCCUGGAGUAACAGGUACACCAGGACGUGAUGGCCUGCCUGGUCCAGCAGGAGACCGUGGACCACCAGUGAGUGUGUACAUGAGGAGCCCCACAAUCGUGGUUGUUACAGACAUUACAAGCAGUCUUUUAAUAGGAUCUGGUUAAUUAUAUAUAUAUACAUAUAAACUUCUUUACUAGGCACUGUCUGUUUUGCCUCUGCAAUCGUGGUAUCAUGUUUUUUGUAGGGUGGUGGUGGUGGGCAUGGAGGACCACCUGGUCCCAAAGGUUAUCCUGGUUUACCUGGACCUAAAGGGUUACCUGGGUAUGCAGGCCCUGCAGGUCCUGGUUUUCCAGGCCCUAAAGGGUUACCUGGACUUAGAGGAGAUGAGGGAAUUCCUGGCCACCCUGGGCUACCUGGACGACCAGGCCCACCAGGUCAGUGACUGUGUUAAAUUUAAGGAUAAAUGAGCUGGUUUACGUAAAACCAUGGUGACAUGGGCUCAGGGUUGAUAAAAAUGAAAGAAUAAUAUGUUUUUUAAAGUGCUUUCAACAAAAGAGCCUUCCAUGGAUACACACAAUCACAACAAAAUCAUGGUCUUGGUUCUUAUAUGUGCCAUCAGGUGAAACUGAGCCAUGCUGUCAUGAAAUUGAGAUCGGGCCACCUGGUCGUAAGGGGGACCCAGGACUACCAGGUAAGUGUUAUAGAUGUAGGUGCAUCAUUAAAAAAAAAAUCUUAUUAAUACAGACACUUGAGAAGGUAAGAUAUUUUUCUUAUUUUUCAUCCAUGAGAGUUAAAUACUGUAUAACAAUUUUUCUAAUUUAAGUGAUGGUUUUUUUAAGAUAACAGCUCUUAUGUUGGUGCUUUUUUUAAAUGAUAAAAAAAUCAAGUGUCACAAAGGAAACAUAAUUAAUUACCCUAAAACAUAGCUGGUGUGAAAGGUUUUAACUGGGCUCUUGUAGGGUUUCAUGGUGUACCAGGAAGAGUUGGUCCCCCUGGAGUUCAGGGACUUCCAGGUCCCAAAGGAAUGAAAGGAGAAGAUGCUACAAGUGGAGGGGUUGGACCACCAGGUAAUUCCUCUUGAAGAUGUUUCCACUUUAAAAGAUCUUUCUUGACUGGUGGGUGACGGUAUCAUAUAGAAGUAAGCGAUAUUAAUAUUUCAGUGGAAAAAAAAGAUCCUCUGCUGCUCCCUCUAUUACCCUGUGUCACGCUGAUGAGUCCAACCAACCAAAUGAUGCACCGAACUAGCGUGCUAAAAAUGUUCAAAAGGAGCAACUGGUGUGUGUGCCCACUUUACUUACAGCAUUACCAAGAGGGAGCAGAUGAGAUUAAGAGAAAGAGAUGCUGAUCUAGGCCUCAUAGGCACUAGAUGAUGCACAUUUGUAGAGUCGAUGUGGUUUGCUGGUUUUAAGUGAUCUAACUCUGACUGGUUGUUUGAUGCGAACAUUUAUCAGAAGGAAAGUUUCAGCCUUCUAUUGUUGACGGCAUUCAAUACAAUGAUCACAGUUAUUUAAACCAAAAUACUGGUUGAGUUAUGUUGCUUAAUGUAGCUUAAUGUUAGGAGAUAAUUACAAUUCUAUCCACACAGUUACACAGAUGGUAAAAUGAAUAUUGUCUGGAAUCUCACCGGUCACUCCCUAACCAGGGACAAGCACAGGCCAUGCCGAAGUGUCCUUUCUAUACUGCUUUGGUUGCUCUUUAGAUUCAACAAUGCUUACAUGGAAUGUCCCUGUUGAAUAAACUGAUGAAUAUACUGUAUAUACUCUUAUUUAUGAAAGGACCUCCAGGCUUCAACGGGGAUCCAGGUAAUCCAGGUCCUGGUGGAUUAAGCCAGGAAGGCCCUCCUGGAUUACCAGGACCGCCAGGACCACCAGGCAGAAAAGGUCCACCCGGCGAUGUCUUCUCAGCAAGGCCAGGUGCUCCAGGUCCACCCGGCCACCCUGGAGCUGUGGGAGUUAAAGGAUUUCCUGGCCCUCGUGGACACUCAGGAUCUCCAGGUGAGAUUUGUUCUGAUUAAGGGUCAAACAAUAAAUUAAGGGUUCUACCACAGAAGAGAUGUCUGCACAAUCUACUUCCUGUUCUUUACUUUACAUUGGAACUGGUUGACCAUUGGUGCCUCUGCAUUGCAGGUGUACCAGGCCAACCUGGACGCCCUGGUUGUAAAGGAGAGCCAGGAGACAUGGGUGACCAUGGAGACAUUGGUCCCCCGGGCCCACCUUGCACCCUGUGUGACCUACAUGGGCCUCAAGGCCCUCCAGGAUUACCAGGAAACCCUGGACUGAAGGGAACACCAGGUGAGCACUUGGCAGCAUAUUCCGUUUUCUUGAUAUCCUGCUUAUACUCUUGAUGUUGAUUUAAAACUUCCUCUCUGAACACUUCCAUUACAUAUCUGUUGUGAGGGUUUCACCAACUAACCAUUGUCUCAUUGAUGUUUUAAUGUUGCACAGGUUUCCCUGGUCAGAAGGGUUAUAAAGGAGAUACAGGUCCAGAUGGUCAUGGACAUAAGGGACCACAAGGUUUCCCUGGUCCUCCUGGUUUGCCAGGUGCAGUUGGACCAAGAGGAACAACUGGCCAAUCAGGAGAUCCUGGGGUGGAUGGUCUACGUGGGCAGAAAGGUAAAUCACUGAUAUCAUUAAUCAGAUCUUCAUAUGCAAACUCUCCAUGACGCUCUGUCUUCACUGAUACUUUGAAUUCCCAUAUGCCAAGGACAAAGGGGGUACGCCGGCAGACCUGGGACCGCAGGUUUACCAGGUCGUCCUGGACUUCCUGGACCAACAGGCAAACAGGGAGAGAGGGGCUAUAAUGGCCUCCCAGGUUCUGUGGGAGACCCAGGUCUGCCUGGUCUCAGAGGUAAGUCCUGUAUUUAGUCUUGUGAAGUAAUGUAGCUCAGUUUUCUGUUAACAAAUUAAAGCAUUUGGCAAAUAACCACAAAUCAUCUAAUAAUUAGAUAUACAGCAUGCCCUGUAGUCAGAAUGAUCAUUCACAUUUCUCUGUGGGACUGGUCUCACCACCUGAACCACAACUAGCACACAGUGUUGUGUAUAAGGACAAACCAGGAAGAAGAAUAUAAGCAAACUUUCACUCUUUUAUUUGGAUUUUUAGGACACUUCCAAUAUUCUCUAUGAAUCUGACAAACAUUGAGUACAUAUGUGUUUCCAACAGGUUCACCUGGUCCACCAGGAAUACCAGGACCUCCACAGAAAGGGAUAAUAAUAAAAGGGGCACCAGGAAUACCAGGGAGCAAAGGACAACCAGGACAACAGGGACCACAAGGUUAACUCAAACCUCUUUCAAUGUUUCUAUUUUUUCAUUUAAUCAUAUAAUUAAAGAUAACAUAAUGAUAUUCUACUUGAUUUUUAUUGCUCAUAGGUUUGAAAGGCCAAAGGGGUGUUCCAGGUGAUUCGGGGCCGGAUGGAUGGCCUGGCCCUCCAGGGUUUCAAGGAAAUCCUGGUGUUCCAGGCAGAGGAGGAAGACCAGGAUUUCCUGGACCUCCUGGACAAAAGGGUUUCCCUGGUCCAAGGGGAAAUCCUGGAAAUCUUGGAGAUCCGGUAUACAAUGAACCACUUAUUUGUUAUUUAAUUGAAGGGCUGUCUUGAAGAGUUGUCUCUGUCUGUUUUCUUAAUCCAUGCUGAGACCUGAAUCGUGGGCUGCCCGGUGCUUCAGUGGUUAGAACUUUCUGUCCUAAUAGCAAGAGGGUACCUAGUUUGAAUCCUCAGCCUUCCCAUAUAGUACAGUUCGUAUGUUCUUCCCAUGCAUGCACAGUCCUCCCACCGUCCAAACACAGCACAUUUCUUGUUUUCUUGAGUUAUUAAGUUAAAUUUGCACAAGAGUGAAUUUACUGUACAUGAGAAACCUUUAAUCAUUUAAAGAUUAGUUCAACAGUUUUUAUAUUGAUGUCUGUUUAAGGGAGAUCCAGGGCCUUAUGGAUAUCCAGGAAUCCUAGGUCCACCAGGACUUCCAGGGGCCAAAGGUGAGCAGAAAAGAAAAAGAUCAUUCACCAAUUUAUUCUGGUGUAUGAAUUUUCAUGCUACAAAAUGUGAAUCUACAGCACAGUGAUUUAUGAAAGGAUACAGCCAAAUGUCUCAGGCAUAUCUGUGUUCUUUGAUUCAACUGAAACUGAUAAAAACUGUCCUGACCUGUCCAAGGUGAACCAGGACAGUCUUAUGGACAACCUGGUCCACCUGGACCCAAAGGAUUGCCAGGGGAGGAUGGGUACAAUGGUGAGUAAAGAUGCUUUAAUGAUGAGCAGAGAAGCCCCUCAUGUAAAUAAUAAAUUCAUACAUAGUCGUACCUUUAAGCUGGCAGAGGGAGUCCAGGAGAUCCAGGUGACCCAGGACCACCUGGAAGGUCUGGACAGCCUGGAUCACCAGGCUACCCAGGAGAUCCAGGAGCACAAGGAGGACCAGGUGAUUUAUUGUGAAUAUGUAAAUAAUAGACGCUAAAAAAAGGGGGAAAUUACAGCCUGUUGUGUGUCAUUUUACAGUUCUACACAAAAAGAGAGAAAUUCAGAGAAAUGACAGACUCAGGUGUCAGAGCAUUAUGACUCUGAUCACAUCUUUCAAACUGUAAAAUAUGGACUCUAUUUCCUCCUAACAAAAGAUUUGGUGUUUUGUGUAAAUCUUCAGGUUUGAGCUCUUUUAUGUGUGUCACUGCAGGUUUUCCAGGGCCACGUGGCCCACAGGGUCGUCCAGGAUUACCGGGUGCUCCUGGGGAUAGUAGAGGUAUAGGACCACCUGGUCCACCUGGCCAAUACGGACCUCCAGGUACCAACAUAGUAUCAGUUUUUUUUCCCCAUCAUUAGACAGGCAGGGACCAGAAUUGCUAGUUUCUGUAGUCACUUGCACAAACCUGUCUUACCUAUUUGACCUGAACUUCUAGUUUUCAUAGAUUUAUCUACCUAUGAAAAGUUGGACAUAAAACUGACCUGAAAAGGGCAAAUAUAUAUAUAUAUAUAUAUAUAUAUAUAUAUAUAUAUAUAUAUAUAUAUAUAUAUAUAUAUAUAUUUACAUACUACUUAUAAAUUUAAUACAUUUUUAGAUGGAAAAAAAAAGGCAAAAUUCAAAACUCCAAGGCUGAGAAAUUUUUAAUAAGACAUUCAUCCAACAAUGUUAGUCUGAUUUUGUGUUGUGAUUCUAUUUUAGGACCCCCUGGUCCACCAGGUCUGGAUGGACUGGAUGGUCUCAGAGGAUCGAAAGGAAUGAAAGGGGCAAACGGUAAGAAGGAUAAAGAUGUUCAGCAAUAUUUUGCCAUAUUUUCCUCAUUUUAGCUCAAUUUGGAACCUCUCACUGAAAAACGUCAGACACCUCAGAGAAACUUAAUUUACCCAAAACAGAAGAUCUCUAAUCAUAACAUUUUAUGUAAACAGUCUCCUAAUUUUUUUGUCUCACUUUAAGGCAUCGGAGUCCCUGGUCCUCCAGGACCACAGGGUUUUCCUGGAGCCAAGGGUUUUACAGGUCCCCCAGGACUUCCAGGAUCCUCUUACCCAGGUCCUAAAGGCCAGAUGGGCCCACCAGGCAGUAUAGGUAUCAUAUCUUUCAUUGUAAAUAGUUGUUUUCCAAUGUCAGGUGUCUUUUUUGGGAGAGACAUCAGGGACACCUUAUGAUUAGUACUAAAAAUCCGCCAGAAUCACAGUUCAGAAAACCUGAAAACCUAGCUUGUAUUUCAGUUUGUUAGUUUGGAGGUUCUUCAAGUUUUAUCGAUAAAAACACAACAAAUAAAAUAUUUCACCAUGAGAGACUGUACUGUUUGAUAUAUUUAGAUUGUAUUGCAUUAUUGUUAUUAUUGUAUUGCCUUUUUUGCUUCUUUCCUUUUCUUUUUCUUUUGUUGAAUAUUUUUAAUUAUCCAAUCCUUUUAAUGGUCAAUUGUUGUCCUCUUGUCCAUACUCUGUUCCCCAGGUUCCCCAGGUUGUCCAGGUGAACCCGGUUAUCCUGGCAAAGAAUGCCAUACACUUGUACCAGGACCUCAUGGAGAUACAGGAUAUGGAGGACCUUCUGGACCCUCAGGUGUGUGUGACCUAUGAUGUCCAUCUUUUUGACUACAACCAGAACUGUUUUGGUGUGGCUAACAAACCCAGGCUGCCCACAUGGAUAUACUUAAACCACUUGGCUAUCUGCACCCGAAGAUUGAACGCUUUUGAAAACAUGCUCAUGUUCAACUCCAAGCAUUGUUUCUUUUUCAUCUGUUUGUCCACAACUUCGAUUUUUUUGUUGGUGUUCCAGGUCCGCCUGGACUCCCUGGCCGUCCAGGGACCAGCUUUUCUUCCAAAGGAGAUCCAGGUCCUGUCGGUCUUCCUGGAUUAAGAGGUUGGAAGGGGAGUAAAGGACUCCCAGGACCUACUGGAAUCCAAGGAUACCCAGGUCACACAGGCCCCAAAGGUAGAUAACAUUGCAAAACUUCUAUGAGCAUUAUUUACACUAUAAAGAUUAAUUGAGUGCACUCUAAAUGUUGUUGGAUUUUGACAGGUGACAGAGGCCCUGCUGGUCCCAGAGGUCCUGAAGGACCCAAAGGUCAUAAAGGUAGCCUGGGACCUUGGGGUCCAAAGGGAGUGAGAGGUGCACCUGGUGACAGAGGUAAAAGGCCCCAUAAAUAAAAGACAGAUACAUAAAUGAUGACAGGUGUAUUUUUAUCAAUGGUUUGAUGUCUUUCUUUAAGGUGCAAGAGGUCCUCCUGGUGAAGUUCAAAUGAUAGUGAUUGUUCCCCCUGGACCCCCAGGACCACGUGGUCAUCCAGGAUUUCCAGGGUCUCCUGGUCUUAGUGGUCCUUCAGGUGCACCGGGACUCAAAGGUAAGGGAGUUUGAUCAAAUCUCUGUCUAUGAACGUGUAUGUGUAAACUCCUCAGGUAUUUGUAUGUUUAUUUUAUCUUGCUUGUAUCUGUGUGUUAAAGGAGAAAAGGGUGCAAUGGGUUCUCUGGGCCUCACUGGCACUACAGGUCCUCCUGGUCGCACUGGUCCUGCUGGAGACCCAGGCAAUGCUGGCCAACAAGGCUAUCCAGGGCCUCAAGGUCAAUAAGCAGACACAAUCAAGACACAGUUUCAGUCAUUGCACUUGCUUGCCGAGGUAGACUUGUAUCUACUUGGCAUCUAUCAGUUUUUCACUUCUCUUGUUUGAGGCUAUAUCUGCCCCUCCUUUCCUCAGGUACCUCAGGUCCGACUGGUGAUCCAGGUCCACCCGGCCACAGAGGGACCAUAGGGUCAGGCCACCUUUUGGUGAUUCACAGCCAGUCUGUUCUAGUGCCACAGUGUCCCGAGGGCAGCAGUCUCCUCUGGGAAGGCUACAGUCUGGUCUACUUGGAGGGACAAGAAAAGGCCCACACUCAAGACCUGGGUUAGGAUCUACAAAGAUAAGCUUGUUGAACUAAGUUUCAUUAGACUGCUGUACUCUCCAGUCUUAAAACAAAGUAACAAAAUCCUCCAUCUUGUUUGUUCCACCCUCUUUCUCUUCCGCUCAUUUUUUCCUACAGGCCAGGCUGGCUCCUGCCUCCCUAUUUUCUCCACCAUGCCUUUCUCCUAUUGCAACAAAGCAGCCUGCCACUACUCCAGCCGCAACGACAAAUCUUACUGGCUCUCCACCACUGCUUCAAUACCUAUGAUGCCACUGUUAGGCCAGGAGAUUAAAUCCCAUAUCAGCCGCUGUGUAGUGUGUGAGACAGCAUCACCUGGAGCGGCUUUCCACAGCCAGGAUUACACCAUCCCCCAAUGCCCUCCUGGCUGGAGGAGCCUGUGGAUGGGAUACUCGUUCCUUUUGGUGAGUGUGAGAAAAAGCUUCACUUUUUACGUCGAAAGCUAAGCUAACAUUUACCUGCUUUUCUUUCUGUUUAGCACACAGGGGCAGGCGAUGAGGGCGGGGGCCAGUCUCUGACUUCUACAGGUAGCUGCCUUAAGGAUUUCCGGGCUCAUCCUUUCAUAGAGUGCCAAGGUGCACGUGGUUCCUGCCACUACUUUACUAAUCUGUACAGCUUUUGGUUGACUACUAUCAGUAAAACAGAGCAGUUUGUCACUCCGAUUCCUGGGACCAUCAAAUCAGCUGACCAACAGCGGCGCAAAGCCAGUCAAUGUCAUGUGUGCAUCAGAGAGUUGUAACGUCCACCUUUUUGCUUUUUGUUACAAUUUAAUGAGUUUCUUUUACCUAAUGAGGCCAUAC